GGUAUUCCCACCGCCGCCGCCGUGUCAGAAUACCGGGUCAGCCGCUCGUCUCUUCUCUGCAGUAGAACCUUACCUGUUCCUUGGUCCAGCACUGUACAGUCUUCAGUAUCUUUAGUGUGGGCUCUCGGCUGUCUGCAGUCUCUUAGUCAUCCCCUGUACUGUCUGCAGUCUCUGGUCAUCUCCUGUACUGUCUGCAUUCUCUGGUCAUCCUCUGUACUGUCUGCAUUCUCUGGUCAUCCUCUGUACUGUCUACAUUCUCUGGUCAUUUCCUGUACUGUCCGCAGUCUCCGGUCAUCCCCUGUACUGUCCGCAGUCUCUUGGUCAUCCCCUGUACUGUGUACAGUAUCUGGUCAUCCCCUGUACUGUCCGCAGUCUCUUGGUCAUCACCUGUACUGUCCGCAGUCUCUGGUCAUCUCCUCUAGUUUGUCCGCAGUCUCUUGGUCAUCCCCUGUACUGUGUCCGCAGUCUCUUGGUUAUCCCCUGUACUGUCCGCAGUCUCUUGUCAUCCCCUGUACUAUCCGCAGUCUCUGGUCAUCCCCUGUACUGUCCGCAGUCUCUGGUCAUCCCCUG